AUGUCUGCAGCGAGCCCUGAAGGCUCCCCAGCUCCUGAAACCUCAAGCAGUAGCGAGGAUUUCGGUUUCCUUUUCGACAUAGCGGACGACUUUCCCCUGCCCCAGGGUGUAUAUGACUUCUUACCGGACCCAGCAACAGACCCCAUUAACCCGUUUUUUCCUUCCACGCCGAGCACUGGCAGCUCGACGACAUCCAGUGGCUACCUUCAGAACCCAGGAGCACCUGAUCAGGGCCACGGCGACGACGAUGAUGACAACGAUGAUGGUGGCUUACAGGAUCCUCGUCCGCGUCAAUGGGACUCGCUCUAUGAUCUAAACCAGCUGGUCACCCAGCCAGGUGUCUACCCCGGCCCGUCGCAGCCUCUGGGCAUGCUGCAGAAGGAGUGGCGUGCCAAAUUUGAGCAGAACAACAACGGCUCCUGGAACUAUGUGGAAUAUGUCCCGGCGUGGACGGACCCUGAAUGGAGCGAGCGGUAUGUCUACAUCCAAGACGCCGAGCCGGCAGACGACGAUCCGAGGACACGGAUAUACGCAAAGCCAGGCAUGUUACAGAAACUGCGGCCAGCCCUGCUGCCGUCAGACGCCCAACACAGACCAACGGCGGAGGCGAAAAGAUGGGGCUUCAAUCCUUAUCCUAGCCAUUACAACCUCGGGACCACUCACUUGAACAAUACCAAUGACCCCAGCGGCCACUCAGGUGUCACCCCGACCGCGGCGCGGUUCCCAGACGUCCCAGUGAGCGUGCCACAGGGCGCAGAUGGGGACCGAGCGACCCUGUAUCAUGUGAAUCUCAAGGACCUCGCGGCCCACCGAGCAAAAUAUGACCAGAGUUGUGUGGCCCGGGGAACACAACCUACUGAUGGGGCAUUCAUCCAGUUUCUUCUUAAUAUAUGGAAGAACGAUCCCGUGCCGGCCAAGGCUGCGCUGGCCGAGGCGCUACUGGCCCUGUGGGAGAUGAACAUAAAGAAGAUGGAAACGAACGAGUAUCAGAGAAUGCUUUUUCAGGGCAAUACUAGCCAGGAGCUCAUCGACCAGAACAUAUGGACCCUCGGUAAGGGUGCCACGAAUGACCUGGCUGAACCAUUACACGAUCUCAUAACGCAGGACAAGUGGGUCAUUACACAAGAUCGUGGGAACUACCUUGAUGAGCCGAGACUUGUAUACAACAUAUCAGGCAAGCAAGGAGAGUUUACCGCGCACAAUCCAGUCCUCUGGGCUGCAUUGCAACCAACCCUCCAACUUGUCUCCAAGGUCUUGGCCAGUGACCAUCCCAUGACCUGGGCCUGGGCAGAUGUGAGGAAGCUUCGUCCGAUCCACGAUGCACGGAAGAAUUCGAAAAGGUUCAGUAGGGAUUCACUGAUUCAGGCGCAAAGAGAGGCUGGCAUCUCGAAGACGAGGCGGGUGGCACUCUGGCCGCACCGCGGCGAGCCUGGGGACGAGCUCAGCGGGCGCGAGUUGGCGUGGGAUGAGCUGGUCCAGAUCUACGAGAAGGGAUUUGACACGACACGGUACGCGUGUGAGAUCCUCCGUCGGACGAUCGAGUGGGACAUACAACCGCAGUAUCGGUUCAAACCCGGUGAGCCUGAUGUAGAGAAUAGCGCUUCCGGUGGGACGACAGUGAGGAGGGUUCAGGAUGGCCCGGUGCCAUUUAAAAUCAUCAUCACCGUAGCUGCCGAGUAUGUGUGGCAGCUGCUGGUGGAUGACUAUUCGGCAGCCGAGAAGGCAAGCGUCAGCUUUCAUCUCGCUUCUGUGAUGCUUCACGAAAUCGCUCAUGCACUCAACAAUGCAAGGUUGCAGAUGAGCGGGCCACCCAGGGAGGGUGGCAACGGCCAAAUUCAAAAGCCACCACUGUGGUUGGAGUUGAAUCCAGACUGGCAGCGCAAGGUCGAUGAGUUCAACGCUGAGAACAGUUGUGACAUUGUCUCCCUGCUGCGGAGACACGGGUUGCGAUUCAAGUUGCACCGAGUCUUGUUUGAGCGCCGGAGGAUUGUGUGGAAUAUGGAAGAACUCUUUGUUGAAAACGAGCCCAUCGAAGAAGAGGGAUGGUCAACAGAGAACAAGUACUUUGGAGGAGUUGUUGGAACCCUGGCUUCAUCUCUUGGCAGCAUCCCGACCAUGAAAGCACCGCGUUUCCUGGCUGAGAUGGCCUUGAUGCCCAGCUUCAGGCAUUGGCCUACUGCUCCUGGAACACAACUGAGGUUCCUCAUACACUCGCCGCUUCCCACGCAGUCAUACCUGAGAUACUUCUCCCAGACCUUUUGGAAUAGCGAGGUCUCACGCUUCGGGGCGGAGGCCCUCAAGUUUCCGCCGCAGCUCGUGUCGGGCACACUCGACUGGUACGUCUUCAAAUGGAAGCACGUAAGACAGCACUUUGGCCAAGCGGCAAGCGAGUGGAUCAAGAAAGCCUGGAGCAGGUUGAAGAAAACUGCCGACUGCCAGAUACUUUGGCGCUGGCUAUACUUCAGGACGUUUGCCGCCGCAGACGCGCAGUCCGCUCACCACAUGUGGUAUUUUUCACGUGAAGACUGGUUCUCUGUGGACGUAUCGGUAUGGGGCAACUGGAAGGCAGUAGAAAGGGCAUUCGACGCAAUGCAGAAGGAGAUCCAAGAGAAUGCGCCCGAGGACGACAAGAAUCCGUUCACAUACGAAGUAAAUCCACCCAAGAGCGAGAUCAGGGCUUUCAUUCAGGCCGUAACCCAGGCGCUUGCAGUGCUUAACCGCGAGGCGAGCUUCAACCAGAUCUUUGUGCUUCACUACCAACGCCUUGAGGAAGGUCCUGUGAAGGAAGGGAUCUUCAACAAAUACUCCUCUUCUAUGCGGAGGCGGAUGUUGUUCUACUCGGACGAAGUUAUCAUGGCGAUCCUAAGGUGUCUGACCUUCACCGAGCAAGGCAAGAUACCUCUCCAGACCUGGAAGUGGCUGACGAGAGACACGGAUAUCAGCUGGUGCUUCGCCAAGCAGAUACCAGACUUGUUAAGUAAGUUUCGAACAUGCUGGGACUUUUACAACGUUACUUGGUCCUUGUUCAGCCAGAACCCGCGGAUCCGACAAGCGGCCCAGAAGCGACGUCUCGGUGCGAUCCCCUCGGCAGCUGUAAACUCCAUGGCGGAGCGUCUCCGCACUGUAGCGAUGCAUCAGUAUUUCGGACUUCAUAUACAGGACGUUCGGAGGCGCAUUGCGGACCAGUGGAAGGAGAUAUUGGAACAUGGCGAGGCCCUCCGCAACCCGGCCCCGGGCAGCCAGGCAGAAAGAAUCAACAAUGACUGUGCCGCCCGGAACCGUGCCAUCGAGGAGACACUCGCUGCUGAGGAACGGGCGAUAGACAUGAAGUAUGGGGACGAGCCGGAGCCAGCGGAGGUUGCAGAUGCCGGUCUGCAGGAGGAUCAGCCCUUGGCUGAGGACCUGAGCCGGUCUCGCGAUUUCAGUCGAGAAGAAGAAGUCAUAUUUGCCAGUCUAAGCGGGUACAGACCGUACAAAGAUGCCAAGACGGGGUUCACGAAAUUCCAGAACGUACGAAACCAGAUGUCGGACGGCCAGUGGAAUGCCAUGGAGGGAGGGGCGCCACCAUCGUCUGCCGUCCCAGCUCCCGAUGCUGACCCGACGGCCUUCGUGGAUGAUCUGGAGACGAGGAUGGCAUAUCUCGCCUCACAAUUGAGGGAACAAGAGAGGAGCGGUAUGGGAGAUCUCAGUGGAUUACCCGAAGAUCGCGAUAUGCUAUUUGGAGCGGAUGCCACAGCACGGGGUCAAGCCAUCCAGAAAGUUGAAGAUAUGGUGCGGCAGAGGACGGCCGCUCAGAGUCUCAUCGACCCACCACAAGAUGAGGCUCAGAGCAACCCACAAGGAAGUGAUGCUGCAGGGCCUUCCAGCGUGUCACGACCUGAUGCUGCUGUGCUGGAAGCCUUUGGGAGACGGGCCAGAAGCGACUUUUCUGAGACUGCUCCAGAUCAAUUCCGAUUCUGGAGCUGGAGCAACCCAGAUUGCCAUGAGUUGGAGCCGCCGGUCAAUUCUAACUGGGGUUCCUGCUUGUUCGUAACCAUGGUUGUCCGAGCCGUUUUCGACCACGUUCUUUCAAUCAUAGCGCAGUUGGGCGACUAG